GGUUCGAAAGAAAAUAUGCAGUAUGUCUUUGUAGAUCCGUCCCUAAUCUCUUCUGGAAACACACAAGAAUCUCGAAUUCGAAACUUGUGUAGUAGAUUGAUGGUGUCCAAACCCGACCAAGUAGUUCUUGCUCCUUUUAAUCCUGGGGGUCAUUGGGCACUGCUUGCUAUAAAUGCGUAUGAGGAUACAGUGUUUUACCUUGACUCGCUAAGGACGACAUCAAAAGAAACUACAAGAUGUGUAACCGACACAGCAAUAGCAAUAUUUCACUCGCAAAAGAACAUUAAUAAAAGCAGGAAACAAACUUUAUGGCGAACAGUAAAGUGUCCACUACAAGUCGGGAGCACUACGUGUGGAUACUAUGUCAUGAAGUAUAUGAGAGAAAUUGUAAAUAGGGGAAGCAUUGUCAUCUCGGAUUCGAUUGAUACACGAAAAUCAUACUCACAAACCGAGUUAGAUGAGGUGCGGGUUGAGUUUGUAGAGUUUUUGGGUCCGUACAUGUGAUCUACGACUUAUGACGUCAUCUCUGAAAAAGGAAAUUAACUUUAUUUUUUGUGGCUGAUUUUUUGAAAUGUUCAUAUGGAGGGUAGAGGUUAAUUGAUAUACUUUUGAGACUUUGUAGAGGAUUAGAGUUUAGGUGAAUUGUUGAUAGGUGAACUGUUCAUAUAUGUAGGGGGUUGCCAUUAUGAAAGUUUAUGGAUUGGGGAUGAUAUACUUUUGGGCUAGGUUAGUUAAAUAGAUGAUGUUUAGUUCAAUUCUUGGAAAUCUGUUGAAAUUGUUUAUAUAUAUAUAUAUUGGUUUUGUAAAUGAUAUAUGAA